UUCAUUUAAUGGAGAAGCAAACUGGAAGGAGCACGGGACCCAAAAGAAAAAUGGUGGUUACUGAGGUUUGUCAUCGUGACGGCGAAAAAGUAGCUGUCACAGAAAACAUGGAUAACAAUCAAUCCAACAGCGAACUGGUUCCGACGAACGAACAGAAUAAUGACGAGAGAAGUGUAAAUGCAGAGAAUGACGAACAGAGGAGAAAACCUCAGCCAUCGCGCUUAGAAUCAUUUUUUGCCAUAACGAAAUCGAUAAUCAUAAGGGCUCUUAUAAUUUAUUUUAUUAGUAGCUUCUUUAGACGUCCUGAUAAUAAUUCCAAGUCUCCCAAUACCAUUAGUGAUACACGCUUGCAAGCUGUAAAUAUAUUCCCAAAUGGGACAUUAUUUGAUCUUAGUAUUUAUCUAUCAGAAUCCGAGAACUUUAAAAAUUUCAACGACUUGCAAUCUUUGAUAUGGUUUGAAGAAGGAUUAGUUUAUGGAGACUGGUAUAGUGGGCCAAAUCAAGAUGGCUCAAGAGUUCUCGAAUAUACAUUUAUUCCUUCGGAAAGAUUGAAGAAUAAUGGCUCUAUCUAUCUUCAUAUAUAUAUAACGAAGAGUGGCAAGUCGCCAAAUCCUAAGGCUGGUAAAGGUAUCUAUGCUGGUGAUUACAUGUCCUAUACGAAAAAAAUGUUGAAUAAAUUCAAGAAGAUCAAAUAUCAAAAAAAACACAAUUUACUGACUGGUGAGAGCACAGCUAGCAAAGAGGAAAUAGAGAAAGCUGCACUGAUGGACCAAGAAUAUGUGUCACAUUGGCACCCAAAUCUGACUGUUAAUUUGGUGGUUGAUCAAACCAAUUGGGUCUACGGUCAAGUACCACAACCACUGGAUGAAUACAUAAAUUUUUUACCUAAUGGAAAUACAUAUAAGCCAAUAAUAUAUACAAAUGAUUUUUGGAAUAUGCAACGGGAUUAUCAGCCAUUAAAUAAUACUGUAGAGCAAUUGGAACUCAGAUUAACUUAUCAGCCACUUUCAUUGUUCAAGUGGCAAAUUUAUGCGGCCCAAUCUGUUAGAAAUAAAUGGACAUCAUCGUUUAUGGGAGAAGUAACUGGGGAAGAUGAUAAUGAACAAGAUACUCUGAAGGAGACUUUACUUGAGACAAACCCAUAUCUACUAGGAUUGACCAUAAUUGUGUCAAUUCUGCAUAGUGUAUUUGAAUUCUUAGCAUUUAAAAAUGAUAUUCAAUUUUGGAAUAACCGGAAGUCCUUAGAAGGUCUAUCUGUGCGCUCUGUAUUUUUUAAUGUAUUCCAGUCUAUUGUUGUUCUUCUUUACGUUCUGGACAACGAGACAAACACAGUCGUGCGCAUUAGUUGUGCGAUAGGCCUGUGCAUCGAAGUAUGGAAAAUCAACAAAGUCAUCGAUAUUAAUGUUAACAGGGAAACAAAAGUACUUGGGGUCUUUCCGAAGAUAUCAUUCCAAGAUAAAGGCUCAUACGUGGAGUCUUCCACGAAGGAGUAUGACAGACUCGCCUUUAAAUAUUUAUCGUGGGCCUUGUACCCGCUGCUAGGAGGAUACGCCAUCUAUUCGCUCAUGUAUUUGGAGCACAAGGGCUGGUACUCUUGGGUUCUCAAUAUGCUGUACGGAUUUCUAUUGACUUUCGGCUUCAUCAUGAUGACGCCGCAGCUAUUCAUCAACUACAAAUUAAAGAGCGUCGCGCAUCUUCCGUGGCGUAUGCUGUCCUACAAAUUCCUCAACACAUUUGUCGACGAUAUUUUUGCAUUUGUGAUAAAGAUGCCGACUCUGUACAGGAUCGGCUGCUUCCGUGAUGACAUCGUUUUCUUCAUAUUUUUGUACCAAAGAUGGAUAUACAAGACGGAUCACACCAGAGUGAACGAAUUCGGUUUCUCGGGCGAAAUGGAGGCGCAACUUGCGGAAAAUAAGAAGCAACAGGUAGUCGUUAAAGAUCGCCCGACACACGAACUAGCGAAGAAGAAGAACGAAUAAUACUUGGUGUAUAGUUCUAGCAAAUACAUUGCCUUGUGUUGCCCCCCCCCCCCCCGAAUUAGUAAUAAUACAUCGUACCCGAUACCAAAAUAAUGUAACUACACACAUUUACGUUUAUUUAUAUUAAGGGUUCUUAACCCAGACUGCGUGAAUUCCCGAGAGAUCCGUCAUUAAAUUGCAGAUACGAUCCGUGAAUUUAAAUGAGAGAAAAUUAUAUUCACUAUAAUUUAAGCUUGCGUAUAUUUUAAAUGUAUGUUGAUAUUUAAUGGGUUAAUAAAGAAGCACUUAUAUUAUUAUAUAUAU